GUCGCAGUUUAGAAACACCCCUCAGUCGUUCACGAUUUCGUCUGCUCUUUUGGAUAUUUCCCUUUGGAAGUUGGAAGUUUAGUCAGGUUGAGUUGAGCAGUGGAUUUGUGCGCAAAAAAAAUUUAUAUGGCGUUUAAUUGAAAAAAAAGUAAAGAUUGAAAUCAAUGCUCAACUCAACCAAAGAAAAAGAAAACAUGGAGAGUCCCGCUACCCUUGAAACAAUUACUCCAAAAAGACGAGGGAGACCUCCAAAGAAGGCUACUAUAAUAGCCAGCCCAUCUCCAUUGUUUCCGGCCAAGACAGGGGAUACUCCAUCAGAAAUCCUAAUAGAUCCAGAUAUCCUACUAUCUUCAAAGAAGUAUGAUGAAGUAAGAGACAUGGAGAAUUCUUUAGUGGAAAAGACAACUCCUACAAGACGUUCUGGACGGCAGAAGAAGGCUUCCUUUCGAGCCACUCCAUCUUCCCCUUGUCCUGACAAUGAGGAAGAAGAGAAUUUACCAUCAAGAAGAAAAGUCAUGUCAACCAAAAAACUUAAAGAAGUUAGAGAUGUAGAUGUAACAGUAAAAGAAACUCCUAAAAGGCGUGGACGACCUAAGAAGGCCGAUUUACCUCCAACCCCGUCGUCUCCUUCAUGCUCUGAAAAUGGAAAAGAAGAGAACACUUCGGCCAGAAACUUGGGGCGGCAGCCGAAAUUACUUAUUGAGCUACAAGAACCUGUUGAUAAAGACAGCUGUUUGGAAACACCAGUGUCAAACAAUCGAGCAAGAAAACGAAAAACCAUCUCAUCACCUGAAGAUGAAAUAACUUCAAAAACUCCUGUGAAAAUGAAAAGCAUACCAAAUGUUAUUUGUGGAGUUUGCAAAAAAGAGAUGCCGCAGCCAAAUUUCACCUACCAUAAAUAUUCGGUUCAUUAUGGAUUAGCAAGAUUAGAAGGAGGUUCCCAAGAGUUUUCAGAUGCCGAAAAAACACAGGAGUUGAAGAAGACUCUCGAAAAGAUUAAACGCAUCACUUGUUCCAAAUGCCCCACGAGCUUUACAACCUUAUUGGGUUUUCAAUACCAUCAGAAGCGGUGUGGGGUUGAUGCUGCCGAUCUCCAAAAUAUGUUGCAAGAAUGUACGAUUUGCGGAAAACGGGUAAUGGCUUUGGCAGCACACUUGAAAGUUCAUGACAAACGUCCUGAAAACACGGAAGAAUUCAAUCAAGUUGAAGCAACACCAUCUCCUAGUCUUGCAACAAAAUCUAAAAGAGCUGCUGCGCAUAAAGCUGCUUCCCUUUUAAAGGAGCUUAAGGAAGAUCUUGCUGAUGGACCGACACAAAAGCCCCUCAGCAAAGCAGUAAAAUUGUUCACGGAGCCUUCAAGUAGCAAAGUUACAAACAGUAUUGUUGGAGCUUGGAAGAAACAAAUCGAUAGCAAAUCUAUAGCUAAGUGCCGAUAUCCAAGCUGUCCCUUUGCUUCGGAUAAUAUGGAUAAAUUAAAGGAACAUCAUGUUCAGUGCGAAAUUGGUUCCAAGUCUAAAUACUUCGCUUGUCUGAAGUGCGAGUUUCGUUCUCAAGAUAGAUCGCAAAUUCUGCAACAUGCGCUUAACACCCAUGUAACAGAGAAAGACGACGCCUUUGAAUUAAGUGGCAGUAGUAGUAGUGACAAUACAGAUGACGAUGAAGUGGACGAAGACGGAAUCGAUGACAGUGAUUCUGGAAAUGAUCAAGUGGUGGACAGAAGAAAGUCAGUUCCUCAGAACACGAAAAAUCUAGAAAAAGCUUACGGAUUAUCUUCUCAUGAUCUACUGCAAUUCAAGAGUUUAUCCACAUCACAGCACAUUCCGCAUUGGCUCGCAAAAUUUCACAAGAAAAAUUUUAGUAGGAACGUUGCUUUGUAUAAAGACUGGGCACCCCAAUUCCAAACAUGUGUCAAUCUUCCGUUAAAUUACUUGCCGUCUAAUGAAGAAUCAAUUCCAUUUUCCCGCCGUACGGUCACCUCCGGAAAUUUGUUUUCAGAAAAAACUGACGUUGAAUUUGAAAAGCUACAAAUGUUCCAGGGCAAAUUACAAAAUGGCACACCAACUUUCUUCUGUGGGGGAGCAAUUCAUGCUGUAUCUUGGUGCCCAAUGCCUGCUGUUAUAGACGGCACUACGUUAGAACGGAAUCAAUAUUUAGCUUUAUCUGUACUCCGUGAAGAACAUCGUCUUAGGAGUGCUUCCGAAGCUGCAUUUGGAUCCGAGUACUUGAUACAGAUAUGGAACUGUGGAUCUAUUCGCAAUGUCGUUCCAGCUCAAGUGGCCCCUGAACUAGAAUUUUGUAUAGCACAUAUUUAUGGUAGAGUUUGGUCGUUAGUUUGGUGCCCUAGCGGUUGUUACGACGAAGAAAGACUGGGGUUAUUAGCUGCUGCCUGUUCCGACGGAACUGUACGAAUUUUCAGUAUUCCCAAUCCUUCUGUUUUGACCAAAGAAAAAAACGAACCAUCUUUUUUACUUACCGACGCUAAUGUUACUCUUCGUUUGAAUACGAAAGAAAUGAGUGAAUGCACUGCUCUCGAUUGGGACUCCACUUUAGGACACAAGUUCAUUGUUGCCGGAUUUGCUAAUGGAAUUGUUGGAUUAUGGGAUAUUCACGCAAAAUCACCACUGCUCCUGAGGAAUGAUAGCCUUUAUCCCGUGUGGUCGUUUUAUGCACAUUCUUCGAUUAUAACAGCCGUCUCUCUCUCUCCACAUCACAACGAUGCACGUUUUUUAGCUACAGCUUCUACAGAUCGAACCGUUAAAUUAUGGGAUCGUCACGAUCUUGCUGUUCCCAUAAGCUGGAGCAAGCGUUCCCGUGUCACAGACAUUAGAUGGAGGCGUCACUGGCCUGGCGUAUUAGUGUGCGUCGAAGACGUUUGCGCAUUGUUCCGGUGUUCUUCAAUGUUUUAUGAUUUCGGAUAUACGGGAAAUAAGCAAGCACUCCUUCCUCAGAACUCAGUUGUUUGGUCUUCUGCCGAGAAUGAGUAUCUUGAUGUUAUAGCUCAUUGUACUAAUGCUGGAGAAGUUGUGAUAUAUGCCUCCCAUUUAGCUGUUUUUGACUGUGAUGAGAAAAAACUACGAAAACAACGAAUGUUGAUCUUACGGACUGAUCUAAUUGAUUCUACAGCAAAGAAGGACGUUUUUCUCAAUAGAAUGCAGAAGAUCUACCUAGAAAAUAGCAAUAAAAAAGCUGCGGACAACAAAACUCAAUCACAAGAAAGCCCUAAUUAUUCUCUUAUCUUUAACGAUGUUUCUUCGAACAUUUUCCGUUCUUUCGGAAAUCAUAAGAAACCUCCAGUAAUAAGCGUAACUUGCGAAAAUAUGGACGUUCUUAUGCCUUGUGAUGAUCCGAAAACAUCAAUCAAUAAGAUCUCCUUUAAUCCAAAUUUGGAAUCACAUACUUGGAUGUGCGUGUGUGGUGAAAAUGGAUUGGUUCAGUUGCUGAAAAUUGAUUCUCAUUCUGUUUCUAAGGUGACCACUGGCUAUGUUAAAGAAAUGAAUAAUUCAAGUAUUGACAGUUGAAUAAGUGACACGAUAAAUCCUUUAAGAAUUCUCAUUGCCUAGAGCGUGAAUUUUUGUGACUAUUUUGAAAGAAUAAAUUUUGAGGAAUACUA